AUGGUCAGUUUUGUGACUGCAGUGGAACCUCCUUCACAUUCUCAAGUUAUUCAGGUUUCCAUGGCCCAGCUCAGUGGCUUCGGAGGAUUUAAGUUUUUUGUGGUAGUCUUAGUAGUACUCAUAAUACUGUUGAUCCUUGUGUUUCUGUGUCGGAAGCGUAUCAAACCGGCAUUGCAGGCAAAGCCAAAACCUCCGAUGGAGGUAAUGAAGAUAAUAGCUUCUUCAAAGAAGCAGCAAGGAUCAGCAGACUUUUUUAGUGGCAGCGUUCAGGAAAUGAGUUAUUUUGACUAUCAGACCCUGAAGAAGGCAACAAUGAAUUUUAAUCCUGAUAAUCUUCUUGGAAGUGGUGGAUAUGGUCCUGUCUUUAGGGGGAAGUUGGCAGAUGGAAGGCUAAUUGCAGCGAAGACAUUGAAUCUGAACAAAGCACAACAAGGAGAAAAACAAUUUCUGGCAGAAGUGAGACUCAUUACAAGCAUCCAACACAAAAAUCUUGUUCGUCUCCUAGGAUGCUGCAUUGAUGGGCCUCAAAGAAUCCUUGUGUAUGAAUACAUGAAGAACAGAAGUUUGGACCUCAUAAUCAAUGCAGACAAUAAUCAGUUUCUGGAUUGGAGCACUAGGUUCCAAAUCAUCCUUGGAAUUGCACGGGCAUUACAAUACCUGCACGAGGAUUCACACAUGAGAAUCGUUCACAGAGAUAUCAAAGCAAGCAAUAUUCUCCUUGAUGACAAGUUUCACCCCAAGAUCGGAGACUUUGGACUGGCUAGGUUCUUCCCCGAAGACCAAGAUUGCCUCAGUACUCAGUUUGCUGGAACAUUAGGUUAUACGGCUCCUGAAUAUGCUACUAGAGGGGAACUAUCAGAAAAGGUAGACAUAUACAGUUUUGGAGUUCUAUUGCUUGAAAUUAUCAGUUGCAGAAAGAACACAGAUUUUACUCUACCGUCAGAAAUGCAGUACCUUCCUGAAUACGCAUGGAAGCUUUAUGAGAAAUCGAUGCUGAUGGAUCUGGUAGAUCCGAAACUGCGAGCGCACGGUUUUGCAGAGAAGGAUGUAAUGCAAGCAAUUCAUGUGGCAUUGUUGUGUCUUCAAUCUAGUGCAAAUCUGAGGCCUCCCAUGUCAGAAAUUGUAGCAUUGUUAACCUUCAAAAUUGAAAUGGUCACGACUCCAAUGAGACCGAUAUUCCUUGAUCGAAGGCAUAAAAUGGCUGCUGAUGAUUAUGAUGACGAUGAUGAUGAUGAUUAUGAGAAUUAA